GUGAAGAGGUGUUUCCAGAAUUGUGAGAGGAAGUGAGGAUCACGGUCACUGAUGAUGUUCUCGGGGAGGCUGUGAUGGCGAGCAACAUGGUCGAAGAAGAGCGUGGCGACGUCUUUGGCAUUGUGCGAGGUCGUGCAAGGGAUGAAGUGGGCACGUUUGGUCAAGCGGCAGACAAUGACGUAGAUGCAAUCAUGCCCGCGGUCGGUCUUGGGGAGGCCGCACACGAAGUCCAUGGAGAUGGACUGCCACCGGCGAUAGGGUAUUCGCCAGGUGGAGCCCUUGAUGGAGGGGGUCUCGGCGGUGUCGCAGGGGAAAUGUUGGGACAGUACGGCUCCGAUGGCGAAGUCGGAGGCGUUAGUGGUGACAUAGAAAUGGCGAGUGGGGUCGGCGAUCUUGAGGACAGGGGCCGUGGUGAUGGUUUGCUUGA